GAUUAUAGAUUAGACACAGCCAAAACGUUCGUACGAUUACCUACCGAGUAUUUCCCAUUUCAUCCUCUCGUCUUCGACCGUCGACAGACUGUGGCGUGAAGAGGCGAACAUGACCAUAAGGAAUGUACGGGACCAUGGACAGCGUUACAGACCCCGUAUGGCAUGCCUGAAGAAGGUGGAGAACGUGGUGUUGGAGAUGCAGGACCCCAAAACUGGAGUGAAAUCUCAGACCCAGAGGCUUGUAAUCACCACCAUCCCACAUGCUAUAACAGGGGAAGAUAUUGUUGCAUGGAUCGCUAAUCGAUUCAAAACAGAUGCUGCGGAGGCCCGAGCUAUGGGGACCAUGAUGGUGGCGUUUGGGUACAUCUAUCCACUACAAGAUCAUAAGAGACUCAUCCUUAAACCAGACACAUCCCUGUACCGCUUUCAGACCCCAUAUUUUUGGCCUGCGCAGCAGUGGCUGGUGGAAGACACAGACUAUGCAAUUUAUUUGGCAAAGAGAAAUAUACGCAAGAAAGGGAUGUUGGAGCUGUAUGAACAGGAACAGUACAACAAUCUUUACAAAUGGAUGAAUCACAAGUGGGAUUUUAUUGUAAUGCAGGCCAAAGAGCAGUACAGGGCGGGUAAGGAGAGGAAGAAGCCAGACCGGGUGGUUUUUGAUUGUCAGGAACGGGCCUACUGGGUUGUACAUCGGCCACCGCCAGGAACAGUUAGUGCCAUGGACUAUGGACACGACAGGAUGGUCGACCCUAAUAUGGAGGAGAAAAAAACACCUGACUACUACAGAAGAAUUAUUAUGUUCAUUCAGCAGUGUAUCAUGAGACCAAGGGUGAAGUCGUCUGUGUCAAUUGGAGCACUUAUUAAGUACACAACAACAUACAAAGAGCAUGACCCAUUUCUCCACACCUGCCUCCCAAGCAGCCCCUGGAUAACAGAUGAUGUUACAUAUUGGACCCUCAACAUGCCAAAUGUUGAGACCCCUACUAAAAUGAGGGUGGAGCGCUGGACUUUUAGCUUUGGAGAACUGCUUAUGGACCCUCGGGGAAGGGCCGAUUUCCGCCUUUUCCUUAAAAAAGAGUUCAGUGGUGAGAAUCUUGCCUUCUGGGAGGCGUGUGAGGAUCUGAAAUGGGGUGCUGCUGAGACAAUGAAAGAAAAAGCUCAGCAAAUAUAUAAGACCUUUUUGGCCCGUGGAGCUCCACGUUGGAUCAACAUUGAUGGCAAAACAAUGGACAUAACAGUGAAGGGUUUGGCACAUCCUCAUCGUUAUGUACUGGAUGCAGCCCAGACUCACAUUUACAUGCUCAUGAAAAAGGACUCAUACGGGCGAUAUCUCAAGUCCCCAGUCUUCAAGGAAACUCAAAAGAAGGCCGUUGCUCCUGAAUCACACAGAUUCACUGAGACGCAGUUGGAGCAGAAUGCCAAGAGAAGGCGGCCCAGCCUGAGUCCCAUCAUCCUCAGACAGCAGGAGGAAGAACAGAAGGCCAAACUUGCAGCGAGUGGCCCGGUGGACAUCACACAGCUCUGCCGGUUCACAGCACCUGUGCCUCAUCUGGCAGUAUAUACAGGCAUUUGUGAAGCACAAUCCACUGCCUCCCCUGGGCUCAUGACACUGCCCAACAGUGCUGCCUGCCCGUCUCCCAUCAGCGUCGCUAUCGACAGCACUCCAGCCUCAGAGAGGAGGUUUGAUGGCAACGGAGGGCCUUCCUCCUCCCAUUUCCCAUCAAUUGCAGAGGCAUCAGUAUCAGAGGAAGAGAAGCAGCCACCUGCCCCAAAGUCUCGUAUGGCUCUGUCACUGAGCAGACUCCUCCGCAGAGGAUGCAAUGCCCCAUCUGUCUUUGCCAGCCUAUCCCCAAAAUGUGCUGUGGCUUCAGGAGGAGGCAAAGUACAGCCCCUUGGAGUGGAGCCACUUGCACAACCUCAGCCCAGAAGAAUUGCAAACUUUUUUCAAAUCAAAGUUGACAUCCCACCUGAAUGCCGCAUCUACCCCAUUGAUUCAGAAGACGAGGAGGAUGACAGUGCUGAUACAGCAAGAGGAGGUGUGAAAGAAAUCAUUUGUCCGUGGGAAACUGUCACCAAACAAGAUGGAGCUGGAUAGAAGAGUCAUAGACGAGUCAGUAGAGAGGAAGGAAAUACACUGAACCAAUACUUGUGUCAUAAAUAUUCUGUCUUACAAC